AUGGCCGAGGCGCUUCGCUUGCCCAACGACAGGUACAUGUCUCGAGACUCUUCGCUGGCUCCAAGACAAAAGAGGCUUCUUAAUCCCAUAAUAGAGGAGGACAGCGACGAUGGCCAAGUCCCGCAGGCGGCGACCGGCAGAAGGACGCGGCGCGGCGAUUCUUCGCAUCUGAAAAUCGAGGCCUGGCUGUCGCCCGUCAGUGAUCACUUCCCGACCCCAAGAGGAAUGCAUUACCUCGCCGCCCCCAUCCUGCCGUCGUCGCCGUCCACCGUGUCCGGAGCCGACAGCUCCCCGACCAACUCGUCCAACCCAUGGAACCGGGCCAGUCUCGCCACCGAAAACACCGAGUUCGAGGACCUCUACGAUGUGUCCGAGGAAGACGACGGUCCUCCGGGCGCCGUCGAGGCCUGGUCUGCCGUCGACAAGCUCAAGAAAACCGCUUCGCCUGUGCCGCCAACCCCUUCGGUCAAGUUACACAUGUCGCCGGCCCAGGUCGAGUUCAUGGGCAAGCAGCAGGCUCUUGAAGUACCGACAAUCUCGGCGCCUCCUUCUCUCGAUGGCAGCUUCUCCUCCGAGCAACUCGCGGCCAUGAGCGCGCCCGUCACCCCCGUCAUCGGAAACGACGAAGCCACGACCGACGAGGCAUGGGCCGGCGUGCAUCUGCAGCCAGGCGCGCUCGCGACUCUUCAGGCCCUCUCCUGCGGCGAGGACGAGGUCCACGAGCAACCAUCGCAACUUCUGGAGAUUCCUCAGGCACCGUCCUAUCAAGCCCCCGAGAUGCGCCAGCAACCUCUGCGACUCGUCACCAGUUUCUCCUCUCAGCUUGCUCAGGAAAGGCUUGUGUCUCCGAAUCGGCACUCCCUCGCCGAGCUGACGAGGCUGGAAAUCCCGUCGCCAGGUGGAUUCUUCUCCGGGCUUUCCCCUCGAACCCGCAGUACCUGGCACAUGCUAGCAAAUUCCCCUGAGGGCUUGCAUCCCCCCACCUCCACGACUGCCGAGCAAUUCUACCGGUGUCCUUGGAACUCAGAGGUCCCUGGUCAGCCAGCAUCCCAGCGUCCGGAUCCCGCCGAAGACUUCUACCGGAGCUUCGACUUGUCCUCGGCCCCUGUUGAGCGUGUCGUCGAGCACAAGGAUUCAGACUCUUCUGAGGAAACUAUCAAGUCACCGUCUUCUCCUCGGGUACAAGACGCUCCAACCGAGAUCGUGAUCGACUACGAUCCCGACUACGCCCGGAAGCAACAGAAAGUCGCCCUGUCAAACCUCGACCGCACUGAGCUGUGGCUCCUGGCGCAGCGAGCUUACUUGACGGGCAUCAGCAACGUUGUCGAAGACGAUGUUGCUCCCAAGGCGGUCGACGAGGUCUCCGAAGCGGAGGAGGCCGAGGCCGGAGGGCUUCAGCCGGAGCGGGACCCGGAGCGGGACCCGGCAUCUCAGAAAAAGGUGGUACGCUUCUCAGUCAUUAGCUCGCCUGCUGCUCAGCCAAAGAACCUUCCGCACAAGCUGCUGCAGCGAGAGUCGGCGUACUACCGCGCAUUCCAGGACUACAUCGUCCGAACGCAACGGCACGACGUCUUCAUCCACCAGCUCGCCCGCUUCGAGGCUCUUCAGGCUCAGCGAGUGGCGCUUCGCAAGAUGCAUCGCAACCAGCUUCUUGGAAAGUACCAGCUCAGCGUCGUUCCCCAAUCCGCCAAGAAGCGUCUGAGCGCAAACGUGGCUCGUGGGGACCUCGUCCUGACCGACGACCCCGAGAGACUGCGCAGGGAAAAGGAGUUUGAGGCGGCGAACCAGAUGGCAAUGCCGACUUGGCAUGUGGCCGCCAUCAAGUUUCUCAACGGCGGUCGCCUCAUCACUGCUCCGGUCACCAAGCAGCUCGCGCAACCCUCUUGCGCGGCGCCGGAACUGGACGGCUCUUAUCCCAAUGCCAAAGUGUACACGGUCACCACCAAGGCAAUCCGACAGCUCUCCAACUCAAACAUUCGCGGCCCGCCGAAUCACCGUCAAGUGGCGGUGGAGCGGCUCACGCAGCUCCCCUUUGCCGAUGAUCAAUUCGAUCUCAUCUCGGCCCGCGAGCUUCACAGCAUCCUCAAGUUCUUUGGCGAAAAUGGCGAGGACGAGUGGGAGGGCUGCCUGCGGGAGUGCAUGCGGGUCCUCAGGCCUGGUGGCUAUCUGGAGUUUUCGAUUCUCGAUUCGGACAUAAUCAAUGCAGGGCCGCUGGGCCUCGCCAAAAGCGUCGAGUUUGGCUUUUCUCUCAAGACGCUUGGCUACGAUCCCAGUCCAUCCAGGAUGUGGCUGGGACGCCUCGCCCGUGCCGGCUUCGAGGACGUCCGCCGCGUGUGGAUGUGUCUCCCACUCAGGGCCAAGAGAAAGGUGCACACACCCCCAAUGCCGCCGAGCAGCAGUGGCGCGGAGGGUGACGGGGAGCCGACGGUCCGCCAAAUGGACGCAAUGGUGAUGGGCAGCAGUGACGACAUUGCGAGCAUGUGCAGUGUUGUCGGCGGAUGGAGCUGGGAGAGGUGGCUCCUCCGGUGCGAGAUGGAAAAGGUUGCGGGAGAGCUACGACUGGCGGAUACCGUGACGACGGGGACGGCGGUGCGGGAGGCAGACAAGUGCCUCGAGGGGGUUCACGCGGUGAUGGAGGAGGGCAGUGGUUGCAAGGCGGGCUUCCGGAUGCUCAACGGAUAUGCCAGGAAGUCUCGAGCCGGCAAUGACGAGGUGAUUCGGGUUGCGUUGGCGGACUGA